CCUUAGGAGGGGGUGAUGGAAGGGCCCCUCAAGGAUGGAGAUGAGUUCCCAGACUCCCGGGGCCAUGCCACUGACUGGAGGUUCGCAGUGUGCAGUUUCAGGCAUGCCUGGGAGGAGGAGGAACCUACUCCCCAGAUGCAGGUCAAGGACCCCAAACCUCUGAGACCACCAGCAGGGGCAGCCCAGGGUGAUGGGAUACAGAGCAGCUCCUUGUCCAGGGAGCUUCAAUUACCCCCAGUACAGAUGGCUUCAGAUGGGUCCGGGGAUGCUCAGAAGAUCACAUUAGAAGGCUCCUCAGUCCUGUCUGAGGAGUUGGUCCCCACUGGAGUGGAGAGCCUCCUAUGUUCCAUGUCCUCCCACCUUAGCCUGGCACAGGGUGAAAAUGACAACCCAGGGAUAGGCUUGGUAGGGGACCCAGAUCCAAACAGGGUAAUUCCAGCCAGCUUGGGCCAUGGGAGGUUGGACAGUGACCCUGUGGACCUUGAAGACACUUUAUCAGAGACAUCAUCAACACUGAUGGAGCCAGACUCCAGCAGAUCCAACCUUCCUAAGCCUGCUGACUGCCUCCUGGCCCAGGACCUCACCUGGGAGCUGCUGGCCAGUGGUAUGGCUGCCUUGCCAGGGACUCGGGAUAUAGAAGGCCGAGCAGUGCUGCUUCUAUGUGCUCACAGCCCAGCCUGGCUUCACCCCAAGUGCAGCAGCCAUGAACUCAUCCGUCUCCUGCUCUACCUGCGAAACAUCCCCCGUCUGGAAGCUCUACUGCAGAGCUGCCAAGAGGUUUGUGCCCUGCUCCAGGGGGCCAUAGAGAGUAUGAAGGCUGUGCCCCAGCCCACAGAGUCUGGGGAAGUUGGUCGACUGCUACGGCAGGCACGGGUCUUGAUGCAGCAGGUGCUAGACUCGCCACGGCUAGCAUGGCUACAAUGCCAGGGGGGCACGGAGCUAGAGUGGCUGAAGCAGGAGGUUCCAGAGGUGACCCUGAGUCCAGACUACAGGCCAGCAGUGGACAAGGCUGGUGAGCUGUAUGGCCGUGUGGACAGACUGCUGCACCACCUGACCCUGCAGGGCAACCAGCGAGUACAGGCCCUAGAGUUGGUCCAGACGUUGGAGGCCCAGGAGGGCAGGCUGCACCAGAUUGAAGUGUGGCUACAACAGGUGGGAUGGCCAGCAUUGGAGGAGCCAGCGGAGCCCUCACUGGACAUGCUCCUACAGGCCCAAGGCCCUUUUUGGGAGCUGGACCAGGUUGCCCAGGAGCAGGUCAGUCAAGGGGAGAAGUUUCUACAGCCACUGGCUGGCUGGGAGGCAGCUGACCUGGGCCCCCAAGGAGCACGCUUUCUGGAUCUGCAAGCCCAGUUGACUGAAUUCUCUAGGGCUUUGGCCCAGCGGCGCCAGCGGCUGGCAGAUGCUGAGAGGCUGUUUCAGUUCUUUAAACAGGCCUCAACAUGGGCUGAGGAAGGGCAGCGGGUCUUGGCAGAGCUGGAGCAGGAGCGUCCAGGGGCUGUGCUGCAGCAGCUGCAGCUGCACUGGACCAGGCACCCUGACUUGCCUCCUGCCCACUUCCGAAAGAUGUGGGCUCUGGCCACAGGGCUGGGCUCAGAGGGCAUCCGCCAGGAAUGCCGGUGGGCCUGGGCACAGUGCCAGGACACCUGGCUGGCCCUGGACCAGAAGCUGGAGGCUGCCCUGAAGCCACCACCGGUGGGUAGCACAGCUAGCCUGUGUGUCAGCCGGAUCUCCAGUGUACCUGCUCCCCCACCCCUGAGGAAGGCCUACAGCUUUGAUCGGAAUCUGGGGAAGAGUCUCAGCAAACCCACCCAUCACUACCACCAUGCGGCCAUUGUCACUCCCUGCCACGGUCCAGAGGCUACAGGAGAUGCCCAGCCCCAGCCAUCCCCUUGUGUGCUUCCACCAGGCAGCUCUGACCCCAAGAGUCCCAGCAGGCUACAGCUGGUGCUGGCAGAAAUGGUGACCACAGAGCGGGAGUAUGUUCGGGCCCUUGACUACACUAUAGACAACUAUUUCCCUGAGCUGGAUCGCCCUGAUGUGCCCCAGGGCCUCCGUGGCCAACGCGCCCACCUCUUUGGCAACCUGGAGAAACUGCGUGAUUUCCACUGCCAUUUCUUCCUGCGUGAGCUGGAGGCUUGCACCCGGCACCCACCCCGAGUAGCCUAUGCCUUCCUGCGCCAUAGGGUGCAGUUUGGAAUGUAUGCGCUCUACAGCAAGAACAAACCUCGUUCUGAUGCCCUGAUGUCCAGCUACGGUCAUGCUUUCUUCAAGGACAAGCAGCAAGCACUGGGGGACCACCUGGACCUGGCCUCCUACCUGCUGAAGCCCAUCCAACGCAUGAGCAAGUAUGCGCUGCUGCUGCAGGAGCUGGCACGGGCCUGUGGGGGUUCCAUGCAGGAGCUGAGUGCCCUACGCGCAGCUCAGAGCCUUGUGCACUUCCAGCUGCGACAUGGCAACGACCUGUUAGCCAUGGAUGCCAUCCAGGGUUGUGACGUCAACCUCAAGGAACAGGGGCAGCUGGUACGACAGGAUGAGUUCAUGGUGCGCACUGGGCGCCGUAAGUCCCUACGCCGUGUCUUCCUCUUUGAGGAUCUGCUGCUUUUCAGCAAGCCCCGCCGUGGGCCUGCAGGAGUUGAUACAUUUGCCUACAAGCGAUCCUUCAAGAUGGCGGACCUUGGUCUCACUGAGUGCUGCGGAGAUAGCAAUCUGCGCUUUGAGAUCUGGUUCCGCCGUCGCAAGGCCAGGGACACCUUUGUGCUACAGGCCUCCAGCUUGGCCACCAAGCAGGCCUGGACAACUGACAUCUCCCGCCUGCUCUGGAGGCAGGCUGUCCACAACAAGGAGGUCCGCAUGGCUGAGAUGGUAUCCAUGGGCGUGGGGAACAAGGCCUUUCAGGACAUUGCCCCCAGUGAGGAAGCUAUCAAUGACCGCACCAUCAACUACAUCCUAAAGUGCCGAGAAGUUCGCUCUCGGGCCUCCAUUGCUGUGGCUCCGUUUGACUGUGACAGCUCCUACCUGGGCGUCUCAAGCAGCACCCUUCCUGGAGACCCUGCCUCUUGCUCUGUUCUGGGGUCCCUCAACUUACACCUGUACAGAGACCCAGCUCUUCUGGAUCUCCGCUGGCCCCUGUAUCCCCCCAACUUUCCAGAGGAAGCAGAGCUGGAGGCUGAGGUGGAACUGGGCAGCCAGCCCUCUCUGACUCCUGAGGACUCAGAGGUCCUGUCCCAAUGCCCGUCAGCCAGUGGCUCCAGUGGCUCUGACAGUAGCUGUGUGUCAGGGCAGGCCCUGGGCAGGGGCUUUGAGGAUUUGUCCUAUGUAAGUAUCAUCUUGCCCUGUACCCACCAGCCCUUCCUCAGUCCAAGCUGGGCCUAUGACUACCUUUCCUUUAGGCAGAGGUCUGAGCCCAGGCUCGAAGACAAGCAGUGCAUCCAGCAUCCUGUAGCUCCAAGGAAUAUCACCUCUCUGGAUCUGCUGUGA